CGAUAACGUAGUCCCGGCCGUGUCGCGCACCCAGUGCUCAGUGUGUGUGUGUGAAUGCGUUUGUGCUCGGACUAGCCAGACGCGCUUUCAGGAGGGCGCGUGGGAGUCGGAGCAAAGCGAAUGGAGGAACUUUCGUAGAGGGAUACUAACAGACCAUACAGACAGAAUGUGAGUUGUUGAGGGGAAAACAAAGAAGAAUAAUGAUGGAAAUCGGAUAACUAUAACAAGUUGGCAGUAUAAAGACUUCAAGUGCCAAUAAUGGAUUCCGCGCAGUCGUCAAGCCACGCGGAUGAAGAAGGAGAAUCAGAUAAAAGAUGUGGCAAAAGUACAUUUUACGAUGAAGAUUAUGAAGACAAAAGAGCUUCUAUCCCCUCGGAAAACUGGCGAAUGGCAAGAUCAUCAUCUGUUUUUUUAAAAACAAAGAGUUUUCCUAAUGUCAAUAACACGUAUUACAACUCUUUGAACCUUAGGAAAAAGAGACAGAUCACAUACACUAGGCAUUUAAGUUCAGAGCAGAACUUGAGAGACCUUAUUAAGAAAUCUGUCUUGGAAGGUAAAUGGUUGUGCUGGCAUGAUUUGCUGAACCCAGAAGAUGGCCAUUGUGGUGACGCAGUGAGAAAAAUCAGAAGAAAGGAGAUUCUGCAAUUUCAGCUGGUACAAUUUGAAGUGGCCUUCAACAUGGAGAUAGCUGACCUCGUUAACAUAGCGAAGCGAUCAGUCAGCUGGAAUAACGUUGACAUGCCUAAGUACCUGAAAAGAAAUAUUGCUUCGACAGUUGACAGCAUCAAGAAGAACUCUGAUGUCCUGUUGCACGAGCUGAAUUGUCUUUGGAAGGAAAAGAAAAACUUCAGCGGCAUAUAUAUCACCUAUCAGAAAUAUAUGGAUAAAUAUGAAGUUUACAUUACAUACUGCAGAGAUCUCCAGAAACUAAGAGAAAUGAUUUUCCAGAGAAAUGUAAGUCGGCCACAAGUUUCUGAAGUGAAAAUGAGCGAAAUAUUUAAAAUUGAGAGAGAUUUACUGCCUGUGUUUCACAUUGGUUUACUGUGCUGUGUGCUGGAAGAAAUAAAGAAUGAAUCGACACUCAAACAACUUGAUCAAUACCAUUGUUGCCGCACUUUGACGCAGUUGAAGAAGGUGGAAGAAGAGUGUUGCAAGCUAGUUUCAAAAAUAACUGCAAUGCAUUCUACAGCAUAUGGUUUCAACAAAGAACUGAUAAAAAAGUGCAAGAUGUAUGCUGACAGAGUAUUUCAAGAAAACAAAUGUCUUUCUGACAAAUUAAUGGAUGAUGAAAAUGGAAAUCCAUAUUUAUCUUCUGGUAAAAGAAAUCUGCAAGAGCCACCACAGGAAUCUGUAGCACCUGAUGCAAACUCUGUUACACAGGAACACACCCGUAUGGGUGAACGUGAUACUCAAGGGUAUUCUGAAAAUAGCAGCACCAUUGCUGUGCCUAAAACUCCAACAAAAAGUUUCCAAAAUGGUAAAUUUACCUCAAACAAUUCCAGGAACAACUUGAAGCUUAAGGAACUAUCCACAACAUCCAAGAUCUCUGGUGAUAUACAAUUAAAUGUGAAAAAUUUGAGUAACCCUGGAAUGUCUGAAAGAUCUAGACUAAAUAUAUUUUCUUCUCUGUCAAAUAGAGGUGCAACGUUGAGCCAAUAUGAAAAUCAACAUGUUAUAACAGACAGACAGUGUGCUCACACCAUGUCACAAACUCAUGCAGAUAAUCAUAGGCAUGUAAAAAUUUUUGGAGAUUUCUUAGAUACCUCUCAGUUCUAUCCACGAUAUAGUGAAGUAUACAAAAAACAAGAAAAUUUGAGCCAAAACACUGAAAGAGUGGGGCACACAAAAAAAAGUUUUAGAGAAGUUUCAAAUAUGAGUUUUCUUAGCACGUAUCAUUUGUUGGACUGCGUGCUUGAACUUUCCAAGCAUCACAAUGAAGAUCUACAGCCAGCCAUAAACAGAAAUGAAGAAGAUGAAACAGGCAGUAAUCAUGAGCAACAGAAAUCUGUAGCCACACAGACUAAAGAGAGCAGUAUAGCCAUUAGCUCACAUGGUAGUAAAGAACAGUGUGAUGUCAAAACCACAGUACAACAGCAAACUCCAGUGAUCUCUAAUGACACUGGCAGUGGGUCUGAAACUGGGGAAUCUGACUCAUUUAAACUGAUUCAGGCGCUAAAUAUUAUCCUUAUUAAAGACAGAGAUUGUAAUAGUAAAUAUGGUAUUAAAAAACAAUAUCUUGAAACUGAUUUUGAUUGUGAUACAUUUGACUUGGUGCAAGCAAUAAACAUGCCUGUCAUUAGAGCAGCAGUCAUUGAAACAACUUUCAUAAAUCCUCAUGAAAUUUGUGAAGCAAUCAAUGAUUUAACUGUGGAUUCUUUUAAUGGUGAAGAAGCUGUUCUCCAGGAAUAUGAUGAUAAUUCUGAAAAUGAUUCAGAAAUGUGUGAAGAUUCAAUGUCUCAUGAUUAUGAAAAUAUGUCAGAAACAUCUAACUGCAGACAAUAUACUUACAGUGGAGGAACUGCUGAAAUGUCAAGUGAUAAUGAAUGCAUAGAUUCAGAGGAACAUUAUUAUGAAAAUAUGACUGUAGAAAAUCAUGAGAUACUCCCAAAGGAUGAUUAUUCAUUUUCUGUAGCAGAUGCUUAUAAAAACACUUUGGAAAAUGGUGAUAUACACAAUGAAUUUGCACUGAGAGGACAAAGCUACAAAUCUAGCCUCAGCCUAAGAAAACUUCAGAAACUCAGAGAAUCAUUCAGAAGCAAUAAACAAAGAAAUUUAGAAGAAGAGAGAUAUAGUAAUGAUGAGUUUGAGCAAUUGUCCCAGAUUUCGCUUUAUCAGAACUUCAGUUUCUCCAGCUUACCAGUCUUUGUGGAUGAUGGACACCAGUUCAUAGUGGAUGAAGCAGAACCUUGUGACACUGUACAAAAAGAGGUGGAUGAAAUUCCUUAUGAAAGUAUGACAUUCACAAUGCGUUGGAAGACAAGACUUCAACCAGGCAAUAAACUGCCAACCAAAAGGCGGCAUCAUGGUUUUCGAACCAAAUGGCAAGAUACUGAAGAAGUAAUAAAUAGUGGUCUUCUUGAUUCUAUGACACCACAACAAGUAAAGCUACAGGAAGCAAAAUUUGAAAUUAUUACUUCAGAGCUUUCGUACUAUAAGUCUUUGUGUAUACUUGAGCGCAUGUUUGCAGAAAAUCCCACUCUGAAUAAGAUAGAAAUUCUGCCUCAUAAGGACAGAGAAAUUCUAUUCUCACAAGUAAAACCAGUAAAAAACUGUUCCCAAAACUUCCUAAAGGACUUGGUAACUGUUUGGGAAAGAGAUCUCCAGCUCACAAAAAUGGCAGAUACAAUUAUACAUCAUGCAAAUCAAUAUUUUGGAGUAUAUGUGAAGUACUGUGAGAAUCUGCAGAUCAUUGAAAAACGCUUACGGCAACUGAUGAAAAACAAGAGAUUCGCUGCAGCGCUGAAAAAAAUUGAGGAUGAUGAGAAAUGUGAAAAAUUUCCUUUAUAUUCAUUUUUAAUGUUGCCCAUGCAAAGAGCAACUCGUUUCAAUCUACUUGCCGAAGCAGUGUUAAAAUAUAUGCAAGCACCAAAUGAAGAGUAUGAAAAAUGGUGCAAUGCAUGUGAAGCAUUGCAGUCACUUGCUCAAGACUGUAACAGCAGCGUAAAAACUGAUGAUACUAUUAAAAUGAAGAAAUCUGAAGAAACAUCUCUUAAGAACUUUUUCAGGAACAAGUUCAAAAUGAAGAAGUGAAAGCCAGUGGCCAACAUUACUAUCAAAAGUAAUGAUGUACAAUGUUGAUUUUAACAGGAACAGAUGGAAACAGUUACUAUUGUAUACUUGCUGAAGCAUACAUAACUAUUGAAGCUCUCUAUUUUGAAUUGUUUUAUUAUAUGGGAGUUGCCUCAGAUGAAUCAUCUACUAAUCUUAGACUAAAUUCAUCACAUUCGUUCACUCCAAUCGCUGUUUUAUGUGAAAAACUAACAGUCCAAGUACUGCCUCUAUGCUGUUCACAAGCAAACUAUGGUCAGCAAGAUUCCAAGAUUCUGUGAUGUCAUCAACAUCUUGAAUGAACUUGUAAACUGUAGGAGAUAUCAUUUCAGACCAUCAACAGUUGAAAAGGUCUGGAGAGGUGCUGAGAGCUGGGUAUUUGUUCUUCCAUCAUAGUCUGAUGUUCUGACUGACAACACAUUUCAAAAUUUUUCAGUCAGAUUUUGAGAUCUACAUUACAUUAAUUUAUAAACAUCUGCAAGUGUUAAUGUUCUACUGAAAAAUAUUUUAAAACAACUUCUUCAUGUACAACUCGACAAUUUAAUUGUGUCUUCAAUACCCAGGAAUAGUUCCCAAACUUUUAAGCAUAAAUUGGCAACUGGCAUUUCAAACUAUGGAGUGUAGGUAUAUUUAAAAAAAAUAUCUAGUCAUGUAAGUAUUUCAAUGUUAUUUAAAGGAAAAAUGUUUCAUAAAUAAAUUAUAUUAACUGAAUUAGUUCUAUAAAUAAGUUUUAUAGUGUCACUGUGUGUGGCACAGCAAAUAUUGUGCAUGAUGUGGAAGUGUUACUUAGCAAUACUCUUAAAUGGAAGCUGUGAGCUAAGAAUAUUCUGAAGAUUGUUUAUGAAUGAACCUGCAUCAGUGGAAUAAAGCAGACCACAUUGUGUUGCUUCAUGAGUAACUGACAUUAACUGCAACUUUAAAUAACAAGAAAGUUUAUGAAUCUUAGAUGAAUACUGACAUAUGUUUUAGAUUAUUCUCUACCUAGGGACACAAGCAUAACUAAGAAAUUCAAAACUAAGUGUUAUAACACUAACUAUUUGAAUGGUGUGCAUUCCUGAAGAGACAGUGCUGUAUCUCUCCCUAAGUGCUAACAGUGCAUCAGUGUGCCUCUCCAACAAUGCAGUAGACAUGUCUGCCCACAACAGCUUGUACACACCUGGGUGCUAUGGACAUUUUAAUACAUGUUGCCAGUCACCCACCUGUGUACUGUGCUUGUACACCCUUAUAUCUGGUCCUGAUCUCCCCGUAACUGCUCAAAGUUAGAGCUGACAAGUUGCAAUAUUUGUCUAGAUUUGCUGUGCUCUCAUUUUGAUGUUUAUUUCUUUAUGUUUUGAACUAUUCUUUAGUACUGACACUAGACAAUGGUUGUCAGUUCUAUUCUGUAUAGGUGAGGUACAUUCCAGUUUUGCCAAGGAAAUGAUAUACCAUCACAGCUCCAUACAGAAAUAUUUCCUAGUGAUAGCAAAAGGGACACUAAAUUUUUUAACACUGAAAACUGUGACUCUUGUACAGAAACUGAAACUAUCAGUCAGGAACUGUGGGCAUCAUCAGAUUUAAUG